GCCACCCUGGAUUGGCUUCCAGGACUGGCUCCUCCUCAGGCUCCAGCUGGUCAGGCUUCUCUCUUGCUCCUCCUGAGAAGGUCACUGAGCAGGAGGGCCCAGCACCGUCCAGAGACGACCCUACUGGACAGCAAGGAGAUGCCACCUAAGUCUACAGAAAAAGGGAAGCGAGCUGGAGCACGGAAGAAGAAAAGGACCUCGGGUGCUGAUGUGGAGGCCGAGUCCAAGCACAGACUGGUGGUGCUGGAGAAGGAGCUGCUCCAAGACCGCCUGGCUCUAAGGAGGGAUGAGACACGACGAGCCAGGGCUGCUGAAGACCAGCUGAAGCAGAGGCUGCAAGGGCUAGAGGCUGAACUAGAAGAGGCCCGGAGUGAAGGGAAGGCCAUAUAUGCAGAGAUGAGUCGCCAGUGCCGGGCUCUUCAGGAAGAGGGGAAGGCCCGCAGCAGGCAGCUGGAGGAGGAAGUGAGGGGCCUUCGCGAGCAGCGAGAUGAAGAAGUGUGGCUGAGAGAGAGACAUGUCCGAGAGGCGUGCCAGAGGGAGGCUGAGGCUGCACAGAAAGAGGCUCAACAGGCCCUCCGAGAGCGGGACAGGACCCUGGCCCAGCUUAGGGCCCACGUGGCAGACAUGGAGGCCAAGUACGAGGAAAUCUUACAUGGCAGCCUGGACGGGCUCCUGGCCAAGCUACGGGCUAUCGAGCCUCAGUGGGACGGGGCUGCGCUGAGACUCCACGCCCGGCUCAAGCAGCAGCUGGGCCAGUUUGGACUCAACCCCCUGGAUCUUUGAGGCUGCCAGCUUCUGCCCCCUCUUGGGGACACGCUGAAUUCCCGGCAAUAAAGUAUCUUGAUGGAGGAAUCAGCAGAACUGUGGACUGCGGCCGUAUGGCCGAGGGGAGCGGCUCCCAUGGCAACACCUGGGCUGACCCAUGAUUCCGAAGACUGGAACACAGGGGGAAAUUUUCACGAGAUCUCAACUCCUCUCUGGCAGAAGUCGGGUCCCAACCCUUGAGCUUGGAGCCCUUUGAUGUCAUCCGACCACCACCUUUGCCUCACCAACACAAACACAGGCAGCCAGAUUUGUGGGGAAAGGCCAUUUCUAGAACAGACACAGUAGGGACCAGGCUCCAGCCCCCUGAGACGGUGGGUGCCCACAGAGAGAAGGUCUCCAAUUUCUUGCAUUCCAGCUGAGGAGCUUGGAGUCACUCCUUGGUCAAGUUCCAAAUGGAUUUCAUCCUAGCCAGCCCCACACCCGACCCUCCUCAGACAGAACUUCGUCCUGAGACACAGCUCUGCAAAGCUCCCCCGUGAAGGUCUCCAGCUCCUGUGGCACCCACGCGCGGAGCCCCCACCAUGCCCUUUGCUGGGAGGUGGACCAUGGGAAGGCAGGGGCCUCUGGCAGUCCUGUGAUCGGUCCCAGUCCUGGUGAUCUGGCUUGGCUCCCGGCUGAGAGUGCAUCCCUGUUCCCACCACCUCGGCCUGGAGAGGCACCAGGCAGACAGGGCUGCACAGAGCAGGG